AUAUGUAAAAAAAGCUGAAUAAUAAUAUAAUUACAGCUGUUCAAUAAUUUUGCCUUUUUUAGGUUAUAAAUUUAAAAAUAAAAAGCAAAAGAAGACUUACAGAGUACCAAAGAAGAAGAAAAUCAGAAACAUGAUAGAAUUAAACCUCAGGGCGCUUUACACGUAGUGAUUUUAUAAUAAAACUCCCUUGAGGUUUAGUUAACCUAGAGCUAGAUACGGUAAAACGAAUGUAAACAAUAAACAGUAAUAAAAUGUUGUAUGAGGCUUUUAUGGCUGGUGUUUGGUCAUCAUUGGGUAGCACUGCUGGAAAACUAUCUGGAACACGCAUUGUUGUUGGUGAUAGUUACCUAAUAUGGGCGGUUUUGCUUGUAGUUAUGGUGCUAGUUAACACCUGGGGUUGCAGGUGUUACUUGCGCUCCCUGGAUGCAGCUACCAACUCUGUUGCACCCACUGUCAUAUCUUCUGCAUCUAGCUAUAUUUUAUCUGGUAUUAUUGGCGUACUACUGUUCAAUGAAGCCUCGUCUAUCACAUGGUGGCUGGGGACCGCACUCAUCAUACAAGGGUUGGCGCUAGUGGCGCGACAGCAAAAAUGAGUCACUGAUGCUAAUUAAAGCUACACAUUACAUAAAGAGCGGCACGCAACGAAUUUUUCAUUACUUACU